UAUUUGUUGUCGUGUCCAGGUACGGGGACAUGGUGCCGGGUACUAUCGCCGGAAAGAUUGUCGGAGGCGUGUGUUCGCUGAGCGGGGUUCUUGUCAUCGCAUUGCCAGUGCCUGUCAUCGUCUCCAACUUCAGUCGCAUUUAUCACCAGAACCAGAGAGCCGACAAGAGGAAAGCACAAAGGAAAGCGAGGCUCGCACGCAUUCGCAUCGCCAAGGCGUCCUCUGGGGCUGCCUUCGUCAGUAAGAAAAAGGCCGCCGAGGCUCGUCUCGCGGCGCAGGAGUCAGGCCUGGAGAUGGACGAUAACUACCACCAGGAGGACAUCUUCGAGCUGCAACAUCAUCACUUACUCCGGUGCCUCGAGAAAACCACGGACCGAGAAUUCGUGGAGAUGGAGAACCCUUACAACGGACAGCCGAAAAGGCCGGGGUCCCCUUCGCCGCUGACGAGCCCCGUUCACUCUGCAGCCAGCCACCCUGGACUUCUGCACUCUUGCUGUGGUCGCUGUUGUGGACAGCGCUAUCAGAGCAUCCCCUUCCUGGCAACGAGUCCAGGCAAGGACCGCGUGGUCCUUGUCUAUAGCGACAAGAUUGAAGUUCGAACCAAGAAGCACCCAGGAGCAACCCUGGAGUCUGCUGUCCAUGAGGAAGAACUCAAUGAUAUUCAGAUUCGGAUGCAGUCUAAUCGCUCGCCUCCCAGUGAACCCACGCCAGACCGUCUCUCACGAGCCAGUCUCAAUCAGACCAACUCGGCUGGGGGUUUUUUUUUUGAUGCUUCGCUAGCCUCCAUUAGCAAACCCAACUCCACCACUUCUUCCACUAUGACAGCAUCUGUGGUAGUCAACCUUCCAGCAUCUUAUCCUGGAUCUGAGGUGGAGCCAGCUUCUCCCAUUUCUCCCGGGGCUUCACCUGCCACAUCACCUGAUCAGCAUCCAGAGGUCCGCAUCUCCACAUUGUAA